UCCGCCGCGCCCCCUCCGCGCCCCCUCCGCGCCGAGGUGCGCGGGGCGCCGGGCGGGCGGCCGCCUCCUCUCCCCCAAAGUUUCGGGAUCGGCGUCUCCUCAUGAUGUAUGGAUGAUAUAUUGCAUUGUGGGUGUCAAUAUAACUGACGGCCAUAUUUGCCGGUGCCGCUCCUGCUGUAAACAACCCAAAGUGUCUGGGAGACGCGGAGACGCUUCGCUGAAUUCCAUCAGGACGCCUCUCCUCCUCCCGCUGGCCAUGUCGCUGGGAAUGUCGUACAAACCCAACUUGAACGCCCACAUCCCCGGGACUCCCCUCGCCCCGGCUGGGAGCGUUCACUCUCCCUCCACAAGUAUGGCAACGUCUGCGCAGUACAGACAGCUUAUAAACGACUACGGGCCCCCGUCGCUAGGGUACACGCAGGGGAUACAGGGUACCAGCAGCAGUCAAGUACCACAAAGCAAAUAUGCAGAACUUCUAGCUAUCAUCGAAGAAUUAGGAAAAGAGAUCAGACCUACAUAUGCUGGGAGUAAAAGCGCGAUGGAGAGGCUAAAACGAGGAGCCAUAUGGCUGAAGGAGCAUGUGCAAGUGUGAGAGCAAAAGUGAGUGAGAGUAACCACGUGACUGCAGCCUCCAUGGCCACGUGGAGGUUACUGCUGAAUCAAGGCCCUCUCCCCUGCUCCAUCUGCUUCUAGGGACAGAGGAUGCUGACCUCUAAAACUGGCCAAAUUCCCAGUGUUCUACAUAAUUCAGGGUAGUUCAGCUGCAUAAACUGGGCAUCUUGCCACCAGAUCCAGGUCUAGUGUUCUGCUUUGAGUAUGCAUUUCUGCUCCCACAGCUGUAAGACGCAGCUUUUCUUGUCUGCGUUGAUUUAACCCUGCGCAAAGCCUGGCACCCAUCACGUCCCCAGUCCCUGCUCCUUGGAUGUAAAGGCCGUUGCUGUGAUCUGGGCUAGCAGCCUUCUAGAGACAGAAUCCAUUACAUCUAAAAAGAGAUUAAAUCUCUUCUAUUGCCUUAUUGUCAUUUCUCCACCUUGUUAAGGAGCGUGACUGAGCAGAGAAAUCACCUCCUAUCUUUUCCUGAUAGUAAAAUAUAACCUUGUUAGUUGUAGAAAAAUCUGUCUGUCUCCCAUCAUAAAAAUCUAAAUUGAGCUCUGUUCUUUCAGCAGCUCUGUGAACAUGAAUCUAGAUUCAGUUCCAGGAUGAAGGCUCGAGGUCCAUAUUGCUGGAACUCAAGGCAACAGGACUCGUAGUGGAAAAUUCCACGUAACGUCUAUCAGAGUAGAUAUAGCAGCAUGUAAAGCACUGAUGAUUUAUACUGGGAGCUGAGCCAGUCAGGAGGUAACUUUAUGCACACAGCAUUACAAAAUUUCUCUUAUACAACUCAUGUUUAGGCAGCAUUAUGAAGGCUUGGAUUUUGAUGCAUCCUCUUGUAGAAGAAUUAUUCCAAGGUAUUAAUUAAGGCUCUUAGGCCUUGCUAAAAUGACUGCCUAAAUAGGUUCAGAUGUUUAUCACCCCACAAUACCAACACAAUUGACAGGUUGAUUUUUUUUUUUUUUCAAUUAGGUUUCUCAUUUUAAUUAGGCUUAUACUGCACAUUACAAUGUGCCUGUCACUGCAGCCCUACAAAGCUCAUAAUGCUCUGAUUCCUUGUUUGGUCCAUUUUCAAUUCAUAGCACCAGUCUGGGAAAGCAAACUUCUUCAGCAGCGGUUGAUGUUAGGGCAGUGAGGGCUCUUUCCAUUUUCUGUGUCACGCUGUGGUAGCCUUGGCAACUCAGGGCAGAAACACAUAAACCUUUCUGUGGACUUGCAUUGCAAAUGUCACCUGAAUGAGAUAAUUUAAAAUAUGUUCAAUUCUU